GGCACUGAUAUUGUCUUUCCGGUGAAGAACGAUUCCGAUGGAUUCCGCUUUGAACUCGGCUCACCAACAAGGUAGGAAGGCAGAUAUGAUGCUCAAGUCCGGGAAAGCUGAGGAAGCCAUCUUUUGUCAUAGGAGAGCAGCAGAACACCUUCUACAAGCAAUGCAGUUAUCCACGUGUAUGAAAGCUAAAGAUUCUAUAUCACUCCAACAUCAAUUCCAUCUCCGUCAGCAGGAUCUUCUCCAGGAACGUCUCAACAAGUUACAGGCACUCCAGGAAAAGAAAUUAAACAGGAAAGAUUUAACACAGAGUCAAGGAACACAGACUGACUUUUUGAACCUGGAUGGCUCACAGAACUGCAUAGAUGCUGCAUCUCAAGCUCUAUCAGACACCGACUCUGUGUUGGAAUACCUCAUCAACCGAGAAAAACAAGAACGUGGACCUAUGUCUCCUCAUCAACAACCAGAGAAACAGAAGAUAGUACAAAACCUUCCAAGAGAUGAUAAAACAAUUAUUGAAGAAUUGACAAUACAAAAUGCUGAGCUACGGAAACAUGUUCAUAGACUCAUAAAGGACUUGGAUGAAUAUAAGGGAGACAACGAGUUCCUACUUCAAAGAGUACUGACUGCUGACAGGCCAGAUAGAGGCUCAAGUAAUAAAGAUUUAUUUGGUCGAGCAAUUGAUGACGAGAAGUCACCAAACUUUGAGUUACCUCCCCUAGAACAGCCUCAUUUUGACUUUGACUCAAUUGGCAUUCCAGUAGAAGCCUUAGAACAUAGCACGGAGGAAAAAAGCAUUUUUUUCAAUGAUUGAUAUAAGUGAUACAUUGAUAUUUGCGGAUGAUUUGUUAUUUAAAUUUACUAAGUUGGGUUAUCACUCAUGGUAGGAGUAAAAAGAAAAACAUCCUAGAUGCCUGUGCUGGGGCUCAAACUGGUGAUCUUUUGCUCUCUAAGCACUAAGCAGACAAAGGGAUAUUCCUACUAGCCUGAUUAAGUAAGGUAGCAUCAUUUUUCAUAUUUUUAACAGUGAAACAUGGAAAAUUAUUCCUUCUAUAUUCUAUAUUUCACUAGUGAAAAAUAUCCCUUUUUCUGAUUUGACCAAUCAAAACACUGCUUACAAAUGACAGUGGGAAAAAUUAAAAGUUGAUCUGGUAUAUUUUGCUAUAAAAUUUAAUAAACAGAAUAUCUAACAGUGUCUUCAGUAAUACCAAAAAAAAAAAAUCAAAUUAUUAGCCCCACAUUAGACACUGUUAGAUAUCCUCUAUUUCUCUACUUAUACAAAAACAUAUAAUUUCAUAUUGAGGCGGUAACCCUUUGUUAUCAGGGUGUGUUGUUGAAAUUCUAACUAAAUGUAGGAUGAGAAGUAAACAAUUACUUUUUUGUCCUGUUACAAAGUGGUUAGUGGCCCGAUUAGCUUUAUCCAUCUACCCUUCCAUAAAGAAAUUGCAGUUUGUCAUAGUGAUAAAAUACUGAUAUUUAGCACUAAAACGGUUUUGCACAGUCAGAUUGGAUUUUAACUUAAAUUUUUUCUAAGCUUCAUGGAUAAGGCCUUGUAAUAGAAUGAAAUUAAUUUGUAUCAAUAAAUACCUGUACAGAUUGUGUUGGCUGUUGUCCCACAGCUCCUGUAGACCUAUCUAGGAUAUAUCAUAAUUCACCUGAGCUAUCAAAACAACUAUUAGGUAUGGAUCUUGAAAAUGCAAAGUUUUUUGUUUUGUUUUUUGUUUAACGUCCUAUUAACAGCCAGGGUCAUUUAAGGAUGUGCCAGGUUUUGGAGGUGGAGGAAAGCCGGAGUACCCGGAGAAAAACCACCGGCCUACAGUCAGUACCUGGCAACUGCCCCACGUAGGUUUCGAACAAAGUCUUGCAUACUGAAGUUUAUUUGAGACAAGAGUUCAACCAUAUACACAAGUUAAAGCUCAUGGUUCAUUUUUUGAUACGCAGACUUUUCUGAAGCCUAACAAUGUGUUAUUUCACUGCAAUGUGUUCCCAAUUCCCUAGGUUUUAUCUAAAUUAUUAUGUUUUACAAUAUUUUACCUACACUCUUGUGUUCACCAUUGUCAAGAUAACCAUGGUUAAUUGUACUACACUUACCUAGAUAAAUGUAGCCCACUCGAUUGUGGUAUCUGACGAUGUGUGUUCCCUGAUGUACCAUGACACCUCAGUAUGUUCCUCUUCCCGUUGUUUUACUUUACAUUCUAUAUGUUCUGUCAAUGUUCCGUAUAUAGGGUAUGUUUCACGUAUCUUUUAUCUACUAGUACCAUACCAAUCCACAAAUAAAUCCCUUCAUUUUUGCAGAUUUUGAAAUAAAGUGGUUCAUAAAUAAUAAAGCCUUCCCCAAACCUUCAUACUUUACUUUAGGCUUAUUUGAGGAUGAAUAUGGUAUAUGUUACUUGGAGAAUGAAAUUUAUCCUCUACAAAAACAUGUAUAAACAGGUACGAUCUUGCUGUUAUUUUUCUGUUACAGUAUUUCUGAUAUUGUGCAAUUUCCAUACAUUUGCCCUCUUGUUAUAUGCCUUAAUCAACUGUUACUUAUAUGGAUACUGCAGUUGUCACAGAUUACCUUGAAGUCAUUCCCAUAGUCUUUUGAUUAAGCAAAGAAAAUGAAAAGGACUCAAUUCAAAUUAUAGAGGGACCUCAUUUUAUCUGAAAAUUACCCCAUUUAUGAAAUACUCGGGACCCUGUUUGAUCACAGUGGUACUCUUGAUUUUAUGACAUAGUGCUAUAAAACUGAAAACAUUUAUGAUAUUUUUAUGUGCAAAAGAGCAGCAGAAAUUUGUUUAAAUUUAACAUAGCAUAAAAAAACAAGAAAUUGUCUGUAAAACAUAAAUGUCCUUGACCUUAGAAGCCUGGAACACAUCAAUGUCAGAAGUAUACUCAUACUCGACUGAUGUUUAAAAGAUUGAUAAAAAUUUGUUAAAUAAUGAAGUUGCUAGGUAUUUGAAAUUAAAUAAGGACGGGACAGAACAGAUAUGGGCAUUUUUUAACAUUUAAAGUGAACUACAUAUGAUUUCAGCAAAUCAGAGGCUGUGGCGGCCAUCUUGGAUGUUUCAUAAAGACAUCAUACUUAUUAUGUAUGCAAAGUUUGGUACGGAUCACAGUGGUAGUUAGAUUGCAUUGGGACGGGACGGGACGGGACGGGACGGGACGGGACGGGACGGGACGACACAAUAUGCCUCUCAUGGCGGAGAUAAACAAACAGCAUGAAAUACAAACUUCUGGUGAUGUGAUCAUCAUCCAGGAUAGAAUAUUUAAUGAACUUGAUAUUGUACACAGCACAAACUUGUAAUUGGGGAUAGAGACAAAACCAAGCAAUAGGCGAAGUACAUCAGUAAACUAAUUGGGAAUAGCUGAAGACAGAGAAACAAGUGAUUGAUUAAACUUGAAAUCAUGUCAGCAAUAAUAGAAUGUCUUUAAUACACUUUUUGUUAAUAUUAGGAUUUAAAGCAUAUGUUCAUGGAUAUAAGCAAUGUACACUUGGAGUUAACCCGAAGGUGUCCGAUGUUUUAUCAACAUUUUAAAAAUCAGAUAUGGGCAAGGGUUGAUAAAAUAUCAAAACCAUUAGAUUAACUGAUCAGAGUUUUAAAAGGCUGAUGAAACAUCAGAAACCUUUGGAUUAACUAAUCAGAUUUUUAAAAAGCUGAUGAAACAUCAGAAAGCUUCGGAUUAAUUUAUUUUGAUAUGCUAUUGUAAUGUUAAUGUAUAUGUUUGAGGGACCAAUAUUUAUGAAAAUAAGUUUUAUUUUAAAUGUAAUACAUGUACUAUUAUUGUCAUUUUUUUUUACUGUAAAUGCUCAAUUUUGAAAUUGAAUGUAUACAUAUUUGUUGUGGAAAAUGAUUGAAAUUACAGUAUUGUCAGUGAUAUUACAAUCUUAGAAUUCAAUCCACAGCAUUGAAAUGGUGUGCAGGGUUAUUUUUUCUGGUUUAAUAAUAAAUAUAAUUUGGAUCA